AUUUACCAUCUCUCCCUCCCAAAUCCCAAACCCCAAUUCCCGACGAAAUCAAAAAAACUUUACCUAAUGGCCGAUCCAGAAACUUCGAUACCUACAGCACCAGCACCAGAUCAAGACUCCAAGCCACCGGCGCCAGACCAAGACUCCAAGCCGCCGGCACCUACUGUGGAGCCGGAGGAGGCACAGCCUAAAGAUCCUGUAUCAGAUAAACAUGAGCCUAAGAAGCCUAGCGGUAUCUCACUCAGCAUUUGGCCACCAUCGCAGCGCACUCGUGACGCCGUGAUUGCUCGCUUAAUUGAGACCCUCUCCUCGCAAUCUGUGCUUUCGAAGCGCUAUGGAACUAUUUCAGAAAGUGAGGCGCAGGAGGUCGCUCGUCUCAUCGAGGAAGAGGCAUUUGCUGUGGCUGGUGGUUUCGGAUCCGCCGAUGAUGAUGGCAUUGAGAUCCUGCAGGUUUACUCCAAGGAGAUCAGCAAGCGCAUGCUUGAGAAGGUCAAGGCGAGGGCGGGUUCAGUAACUGGUUCCGUGGAUGCCAUUGCGUCGCAGACGCAGAGUCCCAGUGAGGCCCCCACAAAAGCUAGUGAGGAGAAAUCAUCUGCCGAGACGGAGGCUUGAGUUAUUUUUAGGGAUUUAGCGUGAUAUGAUUCUUGUUGUCAAGUUCAAUCAUCUGAAAUCCAGCGUAGUGUUUUAGUUGAAGGAAACGCAAGGAUUCAAGCUCAACCAUGAUCUCUUUUAUCACAG